UAUGAGUAUGACAUAGCUGCUAACCGCUUUACGUUCAUCUUGAACGAAAUGUUUGCUUGGAUGAGGGGAAAGACGUUUGCUCAGUGAGGAUGGAGAAAGGCCCUGGCGGCUCUUGUAGAAGAUUCAUUUGCUUUGGUUUGUUCGAGGAGAGAUAGUGGGAUGAGUAUGGACAUCGCAAGAAAAUCGAAUUUGACGGCAGAGCAGCUGAAAUUCGUCAGUACCGUCGAUAGUCUUUCUGCUGGAGGCUUGAAGCUCGACGAUGACUUCAAGAAGUCGUCCACCGCGCAGCUAGGCGCUGAUGUUUUGAGUUACCGUGGUGUACUUUUGGAGGGCCUCUCACACUACGAGCAACUAAUACCGAAUGCUGAUGGACGAAGCGCAAAAAUAUUCUUGCGACUGGGACACCUGAACUUGCUGCUGAGGGACUAUCCGCGUGCGCUGUCUGCGUAUCAGCGUCACCUCCACCAGUGUAAAGAUCCCGAUCAAACCAAGCCUGGCGCCGAGCCGUCCGCACCGUUUCUUUAUGGAUUAGGGCUGGUGUACUUCCAUUUCCACUCGCUCGACUGGGCUUAUCGAGUCUUUGCUUCUCUGCUAGAAAAGCACAAGCAGUUCUCUCUGAGAAAGGAUGUCAUCAUUCGGCUAGGAUACAUCCUAAAGAUGGGCGGUGAUUUGUUGAAGAGCAGACGGUAUUUGCUGGAUGCGUUACAGAAUCCAUCCAAGAGCAACAUCACUCGCAGCGAGCUUCUCUUUCACCUGGCUCACCUUGAUGAGUUGGGUGGUGACUUGAGCCAGGCACACAGCCAGUACCUUAGCCUUGUGCAGAGUACUGACAACGUUCCUAACAACGUACGCGCUGGUGCAUUGAGGCAAUUAGGCUGGCUGCACCACACAUUGGCUCGUUCCAAAGGUGGUGAUCAGGUCAACAAUGAACAUAAUGACGUGGGUAUGCGUUACAUCCGCCAGUCGCUGUCGGUUGCUAAGAACGAUGCUCAGGCCUGGUACUAUCUCAGCAGAAUCCUGGCCUCGCAGGGGAAUGUGCGAGAGGCGUUUGCUGCUUGUCGGCAGUCCAUCGCAUUUGGAGACUUGAAUCCCAAUGCCUGGUGUUCUAUCGGCUUGCUCUAUCACCAGCAAAAGCAGUUUCAGGAUGCAUUGCAGGCGUACACCUGUGCACUGCAAAUCAACCCACAGCUUGCCGCUGCCUGGCUCAACGUUGGCAUACUCUACGAGCAACACACUCAAAUCAAUGAUGCCCUUGCAUGCUAUCAGAAGGCCAUCGAGACAGGUGGUCCGAACGACACGCUUUACCAGCGAAUGGAGAUGCUACGGCGUAACAGUGCGAACAUGGCACAGAUCGGUGCCAAUGUGCCGCAGACGGAACAGCUGCGGAGCUUAUCACAAGUACUGAUGUCAUCUGCGAAAUAUCAACUGAAUUCAGCCAUGCAGCCACUGGUGGGUAACCAAUCGGUAUUGCUGCAGGCCAAUCAUCUGUCACAGAUGCCUCUGAAUGGAAUGAACGGGCAGAUGAACACUCUUCAAGCUGAUCCGAGUGCAAUGCUAGGUGCUGCCACUGCAACGUCUGGGCAGUUGGAUGCAACUUCGAGACUCAUGCAAUCGCUUCCACAACAGCAACAGCAGCAGCAACAGCUAUCUCAGGUGUCAUCGUGUCCGAGUACGGGAUUCCAAGUAGCAAAGGCAUCCAAUUCAGGCCGAAAGGCGAAGGCGAUGGCAGCAAACUCUCGGCGAAUGAAGUCCAUCGAUCCUGAUCUCAUGCUCUCCCAUACACCCAGUGGCCUACCUAAUGGAGGCCCUCUCCCGAUAACAGCUGCUGCAACAACAGUGUCUGGCCUGGCAAUGGCCGCCGAUGUGGCCAGUCAAAGCGCGGCGAUGGCGAACGAGAUGCGGCAAGCAUCCGCCGCCAUGACUUCCCUGGGUGGUAUGUCUCGCAACUGUGCCGUGCCCGGUGCAGCAGCUUCUCCGCUGGCACCACAUGACACAAUGUCAUCAUCGCUAGCAACACAGCUCUCUCGCCCUCAAUCACCGCUCAUUCACCCCAUGCAACAGGCUUCUCAGCAGCAACAGUUGCAACAGCAGCAGCAACAGCAACUCCAGCAGCAGAGAAUGCAACACCUGCGCCAGCAGCAGCAGCAGCAGCAACUACUGCAGCAGCGGCAGCAUGCACAACAGCAAACGAUACAGCAGCUGCAGCAGAGAUCGCAACAGCUACAGCAGAUGUCACUACCGCUGCACCAAAACAACCUCUCCUCGCUAUCAACGUCAUCAAGUGGCAAUAACGGCGCUGCUACUUCUGACCCCAUCGGGACUGGUUCCUUAUACCAGACAAAUGCUACUAAUCAUCUGCAAUCCGCCAGCCCCAACACUGCUGCUGCAUCGUCUUGGAAUGGCGUGAACAGCAGUAGUUCUGCAUGGCCUGCAUCUAUACUCAAUCCUACUAGUUCAGCGAGUCAACGAAUGCCCGCCGAUCUAGGCACACCGUCACCCUCAGUGGACUUCCUGAAAAGCCUGGAUGGAUUCCUGAAUGGAUCAGAAUUCAUGGGCUCGGGUGUGGGGUCCGAAUCGGAGUUUUCAGAUGCGUUGAAGGUGUUCCAAAAAUCUCCGCUUACAUCCCCAACCGGCAUGGGGGAUCAUGUGCUGAGCUCAGCCAAUCUUGGCUUGUCAGACCUGGGUCGCUUAUCUCAGGAUUCAAGUAGUGGCGCCGGUAUGCCCGCCACAAGUACGCUAAGCAUGACCCCGGGUACCUGUAACACGCCCAGCACCAUGUCUGCCAGUAUGGCCGCUGCCAGCUCAGGGCAGCAGCAACAACAGCAGCAAGCGAUGCAGAGAACGUCAUCACCGUCGUCAAGCCCCGGGCCAGCCUCCACAGCCAGUCAAAAGCCACGUACGCCGGGUGCUAGUACAGCAAGCAAUGGCGCCGGGUCACCACGUCGGAAAACACCGCAGCCCAGAACACCUACCAGCAGUGGGGCGAAUGCAAGCGCCUCUUCGGUUGAUUUCCAGAGUCCAGUGGAUGGUGCGGCGGAUGACACUCGCAGAGCUGCGCGCAACGAACAGUCCUUGACGAUGAGAACACAGUCUCCGUCUGCACGGCGACCAUCGCAGAUCACAGAUGUCCUGUCACCCACGCUGCUUUCUUCUCAGCCCAGGAACGGUUUCUCGCAUUACGCGCGCGAGCCAGUGAUACUGAAGGGUGAAAACCUGUCAGAGCAGUAUUCGUCUCAUGCAGUCAGUGAGCUGAAGCUAGAAUACAUGCUAACUGCACCCAAGUUUAUUCCACCAAAGAUGCCCACACUUGAAGUGAAAGACCUCAACCCAGAGGUUCCGACAGUUGAGGCAAAUUCCAUCGCUGAAGCGCACUCAGCUGAGCUGCGUCACCUGUGUCUGUUUAGCGAACACCCUAUCUUGUUGAUCAAGAACUGUGCGAAAUCCUGCAACAUCAAUCUGGAGCUUUUCGGAUCCAAGCAUUUAUCGGAGAACUUUCACGAGCACCCUAUGGAAUUAAGAACACAGCGGUUCCAAGAGCCUGAGGUCAACAUUGAAUUUGCCUCGAAAAGAAAAGGAUGGCGUUACCACAGCAGUCGAUCUCAAGUAUCUAUUGGCAAGUACUACGAGUAUCAGAAGCAAACAAUGAUGGAGGCGUAUCAGGAGGCUCAGGACCGUCGGGUAGAGGCAGCGCUGGAAGCCGCUGGUCAUGCAGAGACUCCGUCAAAAUCCUCAAAGAAAAAGAAGAGCAACAAGGCGGUCAAGUUCGGAACUAAUGGCGAUCUGUCUGAUGAAACGAUUUUCGCUGACUUGCUCGCUGAAGUUGCCAAGCUGCCGGAGUUCCUAACGGUGACAUCAUCAGAGAACAUCCUAUCAUACGUCGGUCACACAGUGCUAGGUAUGAACUCGGUGCAGCUCUAUAUGAAAGUUCCCGGCUGCCGGACGCCCGCUCACCAGGAGAACAACAACUUCUGCUCGGUGAACGUCAACAUUGGACCGGGCGACUGCGAAUGGUUUGCCGUGCCCAACAAGUAUUGGGGAAUGAUGCAUCGCAUGUGUGAUAGGCGGAGGUUAUGCUUCCUAACCGGCUCCUGGUGGCCAUUGCUGGAUGACCUUCGUGAGCACAAGAUACCCGUGUACCGCUUCACACAGAAGGCUGGUGAUAUUGUAUGGGUCAACACUGGCUGUGUGCACUGGGUGCAGUCUGUUGGUUUCUGCAAUAACAUUGCGUGGAAUGUUGGACCGACAACAGCGCACCAGUAUCGCAUGUCCAUGGAACGCUACCGCUGGAACAAAGUGCAAUCGGUGAAGUCCAUCGUACCGAUGAUCCAUCUGUCCUGGAAUCUGGCACGGUUUGUUCCGAUCCGCGAGCCAGAGCUUCACGCUCAGAUGAAGCGCAUCAUGGAUGACAGUAUGUCCCGUUUGACGGCCACCAAAGAGAGACUGGACCGUGAAAACACCGAUAUCAAGUGGCACGGCCACGAGAAAAACGAAGGCACCUACUACUGUCGUCAGUGUGAGGUCGAAGUGUUCAACUUUCUCUUCACCACGCAGCUGGAUGACAAGCAUGUUGUGUUUUGCGAAGACUGUGCACGCUCUGCGGACAGCUCGUUGCUGACGUAUUGUGUUCUGCAGCAGUUUGAACUGGAGGACUUGCAGACUGUUCGGGACCAUUUUCAUCUGCAGCCGGCUACACCGUCAUCGAGUGACUCUCCGUCACCACCGAAGCACCUGACUUUAUCUCGGGUACCGUCGCCUGCCGUAGCAUCUUCUCAGCUUAGUGCCGACGAGCCAAUAGCAGCAGCAGCAGCCGCCACUACGUAAGACAUGUGCUUCGCCUUUCGUACAUAAAGGCCAUCAGAAUAUACUACUUCGGACAGAAGCUUUUCUCGUUUCUAUUUGUAUAUCUCUUUUAUUAUCUUGUAGCUUGUUUAUUUUUAACCUAACCUAGCUGCGUGCAGGGGUUCGCUACUAUUCUGCGAGAGGUUGUUUUCUUCAAAUUGGGCACCAUUUUCUCAGUGCACACUUUUCACAAUUUUUUUUAUUUUACCAGAUGCGUGAAACACACGUGCACGCCCUCAGGUCACACAGCAUGUCGUGGUUGGUCUUUCUCACACAUGCAUUCAGUUUGCUUCUAUCUCCAGUGUUCUUGUCGUCGCCGGCGGUGUUCAAUGUUUCUAAGCAGAGAGGUGUUACUAGGUGUGUGUGUCAUUGUGCUACUGGCUCUAUGCCACUCCUAGUGCUACUUCUCACUCUAAGUGCAACCACCCACUUGAUUUGUAAGUUUCGAUUUUCUCCUUACUGCCUGUUGACGUGGAAAAAAAGAGCUUGAGUGACGUCUUCUUUCUUUCUUUCUUUUGUAGUAUUGCUGUCCCCCCGCUGGUAUACCUUGAUUGAUCCUGUCAUUAGCUGCCCUGCACCUGUUGUGUGUGUUGCCAUAGCCGUCUGUCAAUUGCUCCCAAUCGUAGGAGCUGCGUGCCUCCUGUAAUACUAAUAGUUGCACUGCCCUCUUCUCACAUCAUGUGCUAUUUUUUGGACUCUCCGUUGUGUCGUUGAAAUAGGCUAGACACCCGCGAAUAUACAAGCACGCGCACACGCACGCUGUUUUGCAAACUACCCAUACCGAAUUGUCUACAUUGUCUGGUUUCUUGUCUGGUUUCUCGUCUGUUUGCUUGAUGACGGUCAUUUUCUCCGCUUGGUUUUAUUUCUACCCAUUUCUUGUUGAAUUUUAUUAUAACUACUCUAGAGAGCUGGUGUUUGCAAGCCAUACACCCAACUACUAUCACCUAUGUGUGGCUACGUAUGGCUUUGGCUGUGUUGAGAAUAAUGAUGAUUGUGGAUAUCAAUGUCACGAGUGCAAAUCUGCGCAUAAUUAAUUAAUAAUUAUUAUUAUCUCUUAAUUUGCUGGCACAAAGUCCUAUAAUUAUAUAGGAUUUGAAAAUGCGUAACCGUUAUGCUGUUGUUAUUGGUCAUCAUGAGUCAUUCCUGACCCAUAAUAACAGCAUAAUGGUUUUCAUAAUAGCUGUAAAUAUGUUUGAGGCAUGAAUGUUUACUUUUUAGAUUCAUAGGACAUCAUGAAUACCCAUUUUGAGCAAGAAUUGGAACUUUGA